CGUCAUUCGUUGACGAGGUCUUGCUCACGUUUUAACGCAAAAAUUGCAGUGGAGCUGUUUGUACCGUAUGCUCUCAGUUCUUUUGUUCAGCUAACAAGUUCCUUAUUUAUAUUAGUUUUUUUUCAUAAAUACACGAAUUGAUUAAUAAAUCAGCAAUGGCCGCGGCAGAGGACAAUGACGAUAUGAAUCUUGAAUUAACAAAGAAGAAGAAGAAAAAGAAGACUGCAAAUUUAGAUGAACUCAUUGGUAAUACAGAGUCGACAGAAGUACUAAAACAAGAAAAUGGAGAAACUCCGGCUCCAAAAGUUGAAGAUGAAUUAUCACUCACGAAUCUGAAAAAAAAGAAGAAGAAAAAGAAGUUUGUCCUGGAUGACGAAGAUGGUGAAGGUGACAAAGAUAAAAACGAAACAGGUGAUGCUGGGGAUGAGGGCACAGCUCAAGAAAAAAAAGAAGACGGAGAAGAAGAAGAACUCGAUUUAACUCAUAAGAAGAAAAAGAAAAAGGGCAAAGAAGUUGCUUUCGCAGACCAAGUUGAGGAACAAAAUGAACAAGAAGAAAUUCAUGUAACUCCAGGAGAAUCAACAUGGGCAGGAACAGAUAGAGACUAUACAUAUGAAGAGUUAUUGGCAAGGGUAUUUGACAUCAAGAAAAAAAAUCCAGAAAUGGUCGCCGGUGAAAAGAAGAGAUUUAUAAUGAGACCCCCACAAUGUGCUCGUGUUGGAACAAGAAAAACCUCUUUUAUUAACUUCACAGAAAUAUGCGCAGUCCUUCGAAGACAACCAAAACAUUGCCUUUCUUUUAUUCUCGCUGAGCUUGGAACGAGUGGUUCUGUUGACGGAAACAAUCAACUCAUUAUAAAAGGAAGAUUCCAACAAAAACAACUUGAAAGUGUCCUGAGAAGUUACAUAAAGGAAUAUGUGACUUGUCAUACCUGCCGCUCACCUGACACAGUUCUUGAGAGAAAGGAUAGAUUAUAUUUUCUUCGAUGUAAUGUAUGUCAAUCACGCUGCUCCGUCGUAAGCAUCAAAUCAGGUUUCCAAGCUGUCACAGGCAGAAGAGCAAGGAUGAGAGCAAGGGCUACAUGAGUAAUGUAAACUUUUUCGAAGACUUUGUCACAAAAUUCAGAAAGCAGUUAUUUUUAUCAUGUUCGUUGGCACUCGCAUCACACAGAAUUGUAUUUAUAUUUUCAAAAAAUUAUCUCUCAAUCUUUUACAGUUGUCAGUCAAGAAGUGCUGCCAUUAUUGGGUCAACUGCUGUGUACAAACUGGCCGAGAGCAAAAUAGCGUUUUGCUUAAUUGGGCAGUGCAUAAUGUAAUUUUAAGCCAGUAUAUUUAGUUUCAUGCUAAUCAUCAGCUGAAUGGCUCGUUUGUGUGGGAGAUUUAAGGACAUAGAUAUGAGAGUCAGGGGAGUACCCCCUAUCUUUAACAGAUGGAUUGUACUAAGAUAUAUCAUACUAUUUGAAUAGCGUGUGCCACUAUUGUGUCAUAUGUAUAAAGGUGUUCUAUAUGUGGUGAAAUCAAUUUCAAUCAAAUUCAGUAUUACUGUUUGGAACUCUGCUAUCUGAUAAUGUACUUUUGGGAAAGGACAUUGUGAAUAUGAAUAAAUAUAGUACUGGUUGCAGUCCUGGAUUCA